UCACGCCUCCACCCUCCCCUCCAGUGCAUGUGUGUGUGAUUGUCAUCACGUUUACCAGCUUUUCGCAGUGUGUGAUCUACAUUUGCAAUUCACAAUCUUUUCGCUGCGCUUCAUAAACACUGAUGGAGGAUCGACAGACGCAACAGAUAGAGAAGCACGUCGGAUUUUAAUGGUGAGACGAUGUGACGCACGAGACACUUCCCUGUCUGUCUGCCUGCCUGCCUGCCUGCAAAGACAAUGUAGGCUUGCAGUUGUUUAUUCAGCCUUCAGACGAAACGGUGCACAGGAGCUUUAUGUUGCUUCCAGUAUGGCUUACUCUAUGGGACACGGCCAGGAAAAUGCUCUCCCAGGAGGGAGAGAUGACGAGCUAUUUUUUGUUGGGGUGUCAAGUGUCUCAAAGCAGGCUUCCCCUCCGAGCUUCAGAGCUACACCCUGGUCAAAACCCGAAGAAGACAGAAGGCCGGUCAGAAUCCGUCCACCUAGUCCCAGGGCUCCGCAGCCGAGGCCCGCAGGCCGCAGUCUCUCCUGCGAGCCCCCUCCCAAGCCCAUCAUUCAGAGGCGGACGCAGUCCCUGCCGUCCCCUUCGGAGAGGAGGAGGCUCAGCCGCAGGAUCGGGGUCCGAUUCGUGGACUCCUUAGGAAUGGACCUGGAAAAUGUGAAGGUUUUCAAAAGGGGAGAGGACCCGUUCGUGCCAGAACACGUUCUCUUCAGACUUCUGAUGAACGCAGAGCUGGCAGCCAGCAAAGGCCUGGAGAUUUCCCUCCCUUACUUGAAACCCGUCUUCUCAGACCAACCAGGCGACUGUUCGAACUUUCUGGAACGUCUGUGCCGCCAGAAAGUGUGUCUGGAGCGUGUUUUGUGCUAUGAGCCAGGCAUUAUCGGUAUCGUCCAGGUCCUAAACCUGGCUUUUGAAAAAGAGGUCGGUGUGCGCUACUCUUUCACAAGCUGGAAGAGCUGCACGGAAACAAAGGCCUACUGGGUUGCUAAUAAACAAAUGGAAGGCCUUGCCGGUGGAUACAGCUGUGACAGUUUUCGCUUCCAUCUUCCGGUUCCCCCGUUUAUCCUUCAUCCUGGGGCCGUCUUGGAGUUCGCAAUCUGUUAUAAAGUGCUGGACGUUCAGUUCUGGGACAACAAUGGGGGGCAGAAUUACAAGUUAGUCUGCCAGAGCUACAACCUUCCGGUUCCAAAGGAAAUCGAAGACAGCAUGAUACACUUCACCUGAACUCUCUGCGUCAGUGUAUAUAUUCCUACUUGGGUUUAGGCUACUUCACCCAGCACUGAAUAACAGUAUAAAAGUGCAGUAGGGCCUGACAGUGAGUCGACGUAGCUUUACUUUUAGCCUGUUCACUACAGCGUCUGAUAAUUUAGUUCUUAAAUGAGUCGGUUCUCAGGUUUCUGAAAAUAAAUAACACAGAAUACGCCUACUUUCAGAAUACAUCGAUCAGGCGGAACAUCCUGACCACCUCCUCGUUUCUACGCUCACUGUCCACUUUAUCAGCUCCACUGACCGUAUAGCUGCACUCUGUAGUUCUACAGUUACAGACUGUAGUCCAUCUGU